AAAUUCAAUUAUCAAGAUCAAACUGGGAUCAUAUUUGGGCAAAGUGCUAAUGACCAAAUUCUUGGAAAGUCAUGAUCCUAGGAGACCGGCUACGCACCUCCUUACCCUAAAACAGUGAGAGAACGAACGGGUUUUUCUAGGACUACAUCGCUUGGUUCCGAGUCGAAACCUUCGCAUCGAAGGUGUUUCCGAUGACACAACAUAUUCUACCUUCACGCUAGGUUAAAGGAUAAGAAACUAGUGUGGUUCCUAGAGAAUAAGCUUGCCUCUAGUUACGCAGACCUCCUUAAGAGUCUCGAGUAGUACUUGCUCAAUCGAUUCAGACUCAAGAAUGGGGAUAAUGUUGUGGUUGAAUUAUCAACCUGCUGUGAGGUGGAAGGAUUGGAAUGUCAUAUGGUGGCAAAUAGAUCGAGCACCGACCUAUAGGAAAACUCAAGCUAGCAAUGGGACCGAGAAGGGCUUUAUCGUGGCUUGUCCCUUAAUGACAAGCCGACACAUUACGCCUAACGAACAUGAAUACAACUUGACACGCUUAUGUGUUUCAGGUGUCAGGUAAAGGAGACCACUAUAAAGGGUGAAGAAACAACCAUAUCAAUUAUGUGAUCCCCACCCAAUUGACCUCAACUUCUCUAAUUCACGGACUAACUUAGGCAUCGAAGUGUCGUGGGCUCAAUACUACAUUAGUGCAAAAAAUUUUCUUUAGUUGCAGGUUGCUAGACCGUCAACUUCCAUAUCCCAAAUCGUGCAUCAACAUAAAGUUGCUCAUUCACUUGCAACCCAUGGAAGCACCCCAAAGUUUCCCCCACAAUAGGCGUCGUGGCCAAAGGAAUAUAACAUAGAAUAUGUGAUCCGCAUAGAGUGCAUUUCCCUCUCUGCUUCCCGGGCUUAACCAAAGAACUCCGGAGCCAGAAAUUCCUCUCUCACCUUCUCCUCAUGGACCUCUUUCUCAAAUUCAAAGCCGCCUUGUUUCUGCAUCACCACCUUCAAACAACACAUGAUCCUUGAUAUGCCAUCACCCCCACCUCCACUUCCACCGCCACACCCCAUCUCCAAUCUUACCCACCUAAACAAAUCCACGCCUCUUCCUGAUUUUUGGCUCGCAGCUCUCUCUCUUUUCGUUUUCUUCUCUUCCUCCUCCAAAUCCUUCAAAUUCCCUCUUCUCCCUUUUCAAUUCAACCCUCAUCGCCGCUUUCUGAAGAUACCCUCCAUGUCUCUCUCGCAUCCCCACCCCAAGACACGCCUCGACAAUCACCACUUCGCAUCUCCUCAAUCCCUCUCCGAUUGGCUCGGACCCCGCUUGCCCUCCGACUCUUUUGCUUCCUGGGGUGUAAAGCCUGGCACCAAGAACGUCCACAACCUCUGGCUCGAGAUCUCAGAAGGAGAAACUUCCCUUGCCGACUCCAAUCCUCCCAUUCGCACCGUUCAGGUUGUUUCUCUUCGAAUUCUUGAUAAACAUAACCGGGUUCUCGUCGAAUCCCACCAGGAACUCUCGGAUGGCACCCUACGGAAUCGAAAUCGACCCUUGUCGGAGAAGAUGAAGCCGAAUGAAACCCCUGAAUCCGCGGUCUAUCGGGCAGUGAAAGAAGAGCUCGGUUCCAUUAUUGGCGAUCUCGAUUGCUGCGAAAUUGUGAGGAUUGUGCCAAAUUCGUAUAAAAUGAAGAUUGAGGAGCGGAACUCGGUUUCAUACCCAGGUUUGCCUGCUUGUUACGUUUUGCAUUCGAUGGAUGUUUGGGUGGAAGGUUUACCCGACGAGGAGUUCUGCACGGUGGAGGAAGAAGAAUACGAAAAAUCUGAGGAGACUGAGAUUGCCCACAAGGCUGCUGUGUCCGUGAAGAAGCAUUUCUGGAAAUGGGUUAGUGCCGAUUCUGUGGAUUCUUGAGUUUUUACAUCAUCAUUUCCAGUCCUGCGAUCCCUAAUUACUUGUGCAGUGGAAAGAAGAAUAUUAUAUCUUUUAUUCUAUUUAGUGGAAGGAAACGAGUUUUAACCUUUUUUCUUAAUCUAGAUUGAUACAUAUAACUACAUAUCCUCCAUGCUUCUUUCCCAGCACUUGUUCUACUUCGUUCGUUUGUGAAUUCUUGUGUUGCAUUCAUGCCUGUGAAUCUAUGCUUUUGAUCUCAACUUGUAGAAGGGCUAAUGGCUUGACAUGAAUUCCUAGUAAGAUGUUAAAAAUGAAAAAAGAGACUGCAGCUGAUGAAGCUUAUAUUUUUCUAUUUUCUUAAGGAUUAUGUGAUGAAUUGCAACUUCAGGUGUGAUGUUAUAAGUUCUAUAAUGUCUAUUUGUUUCAAAUUUUUGUUCUGUUCCACUCUAAUUCCUCAUGUUGCCCUGACAUGGAUCUGUUGGAACUCCAAUUUUCAAUUAGCACCUUGAUUUGUGGGAUCAA